UUUUAGGGGGGGGGGGACAUUUUACGUGUAAGGAAAUCAAAAUUUUGGAAAAAACCUGGAAAACGGCAGAUAUUUUGAACCAUUAUGAGAGCAGUAAUGUAUAAUUUCCAUUAAUUGCCACCGGUGGAUCAAAGUCGACAAUUCGUUUUAUCGAAUUUAUAAAUAUUUUUGAUAGGUCCUAAAUGGGCUUCCGUAGAAUACAGACACACCAACAAAAUUUGAUUUAUUAAUUACCGGUAAAUCUAAUGUGUAUUUUGGACAGGAAAGGGUGGUAAAGCCGUCAUAUUUCACAUGAAUAUUUUUUGAGGGAAGACUUUACUUUUGGGUACCAACAAAUUUGAUUUGCAUUUGAGAAAGUUUAGCCUCCGCUAUAACUUGCCAUACGGGGGCACCAGUGUUUUACAAACAAGUCUUUUUUUCCAGGUUUUAUUCCCAUAAAGGAGUGGGUAGUACUAGAGUAGUACGACGAGUCGGUAAUUAAACUUCUCCCGAGAACCACGAGACUUAAUUGAUGUCGACCUAAGCCUCAUCAUGCUCUUCCCGAGUCUAGUACAUCUGUACUCACAAUAUCCUCAGGAAUCUUUUUAUGAUUGUUUAGUUGCAAAAAAUAAACAGGACAUUUAUUUAACUUGGCCUAAGCUUGAUGACCUAGUUUAUAAAAUAUCGGACUAGACGCUAUAUACUAGUAGGUACAGUUAGAAAAUACAGGAUACAGAAUGGCCAAUCUCUCGACCUGUGAACCCAUUGUGGUAAUCCAUGGUGGAGCUUGGGCUAUUCCGGACAAACUGUCGUCUGCUAGUGUCGACGGCGUCUGCUCGGCGGCACGUGCUGGGUAUGGGGUCCUGAAAAGAGGGGGGACCGCCGUGGACGCAGUGGAAGCAGCUGUCCUGGUCAUGGAGGACUGUCCGGCCUUUGACGCAGGUACAGGAUCGGUUUUGAAUACUAAGGGAGAAGUUGAGAUGGAUUCGGUGAUUAUGGAUGGACGACAGCUUCAGUGUGGUUCUGUUGCUUGUGUUCAAAAUAUAAAGAACCCCGUAUCUCUCGCCAGGGCCGUUAUGGAGAAAACGGACCACACCCUCCUGGUUGGACAAGGCGCCAAUGAGUUUGCCGAGGAGAUAGGAAUACAUACAGUACCCACAGACAGCCUAGUAACAGAAGAUGCGCGCGAGGAAUGGCGCCAUUUCAUGAAAUUCAAAACUACCGUCAACGCGCUGUUCAGAAACAGAGCUGAAGAGACUCCCGUGGAUUCCAGCGUUUGUGACACAAUAGGUCACGACACGGUGGGCGCGGUGGCCCUCGACAAGUUUGGAAACACAGCGGCUGCCACUUCUACCGGUGGCAUCACAGCCAAACGACCGGGGCGCGUGGGAGACAGUCCAAUUGUAGGUUCUGGAGCAUAUGCUGACAAUGAUUCUGGGGCGGUGUCGACAACAGGCCAUGGUGAAUCCAUCACCAAAGUAUGUCUGGCAAGGGAAGUUACUCAUCGUAUAGAGGAGGGUAUGUCAGCACAAGAGGCAUCCGAGGCCGCCCUUCAGAAGAUGAACAGGCGUGUACAGGGCUCUGGUGGGGUGGUGGCAGUCAGUAAGGGUGGGGAUAUAGGGAAACAUUUCACCACAGAACGCAUGGCAUGGGCCUGGAUAAAGGCUGGAAAACUCCACUAUGGACUGAACUCGGGGGAGGACUUUGUUGAGGACAUCUAGAUAAUCAACUUUGAAGCUGUUAAUACAACUUAAGAACACCAACCAAUUAUACUGAGUUAUGACCAACAAUCACUAUAAAGAACUGAAAGCAAGGAUAAUAUUGAUCAA